GUCAUAAGGUCUGCUACAUUUCCAUCUGCGUUCACUUUCGGUAGUGCCUGAGCUCAAACGGGGACACAGAACGUUACUGUUUUCUAAAGCAAAUGGUGGAUGCCAGUCAAUGAUAUAGCUUACUGCAAGGUCUGGGAGUCUAACUUCCGCAGAUACCCAAAGACGAGAUUGCAGAAGCAUGUUCUGUAACAUAAGCUGGUCCAAUUUGUCGAAUCUUCAUGAACUAAAUGGAAACUGCAAUGGGACACGAAUACAGGGACUACAUCAUCCAGUGACUUUCUUCAUUUACACGGUGACUGCAGUUCUCUCUGUCUUGUUAAGUGCUGUUACUUUCCUAAAAUACAACAGUGUUACUGUCCUGAACAUUACUGUUCGAAGUAGCGUCAUCUCCAACAAUGCUUGGAUUGCAUAUUUCAUUGUCAUGUUUGUAAGAUCAACUGUUGGGGCAGGCAUCUAUGGUGCAACUAAAUCUCCCUUCCAUCAAGAUGUGAGACUGGAUGUUUACUUCAUAACAGAUGGAGUGUUAAAGUCGAUUGAGGUUUUUUGUUUAUUAUGUGCACUGAAUCACCAGUUGAAGUUCAGAUCAUCAGGAUUUCUUAUACAAGAAGUAAGGAGUUUGAAUUCGGGAGAGCGCAGUACAACUACCUCUGAAACUGGAUCACAUACUGGAAUUACCGUCAUGUUUUCAAGGGGCAGAGUGAUCUCUUUGUUUGUGGUACAAUUUUUGCUGGUAAUACUGUUUCUGAUAUUAGUAGAAGCCCAAGUGAAAGAGCAAUUUGAACCAUUUUUUUGGACCUACAUGGCCUUGUUUUGGACUCAGGCUUUUUUGGCAAUAAUUUUGGUCAUUUUAAUUAUUUUAUGUCAAGAUGAAGAAGGCCCAACAUUUUUUACCAAGAUUUGUCUUGCAAGUGGUGUACUCUUCACUCUACCAGCAGAUAUUCCAUCUAUUGUUUGGUCAUCUUGCAUUGAUACAAAUUGUAAACCAUGGAUGCAUUUUACUUCGUACGAUUUUGCGUUGUUCCUCCUGAUUCCUGCUCUUAUAAUUUUCUUUUUUGUGCUGCGGAAAGAGUAUCUCAGACUGGAUCAGGAAGCCAAGUACAGCAUGUUAGGUGCUGAAGUUAAUUCUUUGUUUUCUGAGCACUCCCACUCUUCAGAGCAAAGUUAAAAGUGUUUGGACAUUUAUCAGAGACAUGUGCCUCUGUCAGUUAACCAUUUGCUAAGAAAGCAUUGUUGAGUUGUUCUUAACAAUUUAGAGAGGAUUUUAAGUGAUAAUGCACAAAUCAUCUUUUUCUAAGUAAUGAAUGCAACUUACUAGUAAUGAAAGCCUAUUAACUCUCGUCAAGACAGUCAGAAUGUACAUUUCUGGAUGCAGCAAUGACUCUGAGUGUUAUGUUUACUUUGUAUGUCUUGGGCACUGAUAAGUGAACCUAAAAGAUUGAACUUGUGCAAGCAAGUUUAAGAUUAUUUUUUAGAAAAAUAGGGGUCUUUAAAACUAAUUAGUUCUGGUUUAGCAUGAUUUAGUUACUUACAUUUUGUUACUUUUAAUGCCAAAGUGUAUUUUAAGGGAAAAAAAUAGUUUGUUUUCAAAUGUUUGUAUCAGAAGUAGCAAUAGUAGUUUUGUAAAUUUUAGUUAUUAAAAAAUAUAUAUUCUUUUAAAUAUGUUAUUAAGUAAAGUUUGAAUUAAAUUUUUUAGUUUUAUUUUAAAUUUUAAUAUUGGUAUUGUCACAAAAUAAUAUAAGAGAAUUAACAGCCAGAUCAUGGGAGGGUUAAACCCACUUUUCUGGCUGUGCAUAUGUUCUUUGCUUGUUGUUUUGUCCUCAUACCCUUGGACUGGUAUUGGCCAGUCAUUGCUUUCCACCCUGUUGACACUUUUAUUUUCUGAAUUCUGACUGUCUGUCCAUAGGAUUUUCUUUAUACAGGUGUAAUAUGAUUAUAAACUAUACAAUUAUUGUAAAUGUACUAUCAUUAAUAUAAUUAUGCCAGUAUGUAGUCAAACAUUAAUUUAUAAUUCACUACUUUGUUGUAAAACUACAAAUAAAAGUCGAACUUAAUUGUA